CAAAUUUUCCAAGCUCUUUCACCAACUUUCUUAUGAGUGAGUCAGAAGAUAUUCUCUCUCAACCAAGUGAUUCUAAUCAAUUAAUUGAUGACUUAACAUACUCGAAUUUAAAUGUCCAUACAACAAAAAAGUCACAAAGAAGUAAAAACUUCUCACCAGAGGAAGAUUGUUUACUUGUCUCUGCAUGGCUAAAUACAAGCAAAGAUCCAAUUACAGGAGUUGAACAACAAACAAAGCAGUUCUGGGCUCGAGUACAUGCUUACUUUGUAGAGAAUGGAGGAAACUUGAAUAAUCGUUCUCAAAUAAGCAUCUCAAAUAGAUGGCAAGAAAUAAAUAGAGAAGUCGGUAAAUUUGUUGGAUUUGUUACUCAAAUUGAAAAUCGUCAGCAAAGUGGAAUGACCGAAGAAUCAAGGAUUAAUGAUGCUCGACAAAUGUAUGCUUCUUGCGUUGGCAAACGAUUUCAACUAGAACAUUGUUGGGUUAUCCUAAGAAAAGAACCCAAAUGGCAAUUUGAGCGUGCAAGUCAACAUCAAAGGUCAAACAAGAAACAAAAAAGUCAUGUCAAUGCAAGUUCGACUUCAUCAGCUCCAUCUACCCCUGAUUCUGUUAAUUUAGGAGAAGACAGUGAACCAUUGAUUUAUCAAGAUAGACCAAUUGGUCAGAAGGCUGCAAAGGAACGACUUAAACGUAAACAAGGAAAAGAUAAAGUUGGGGAGACAACUGUAACAAAUAUCUUACAACAAUUCAGGGAUACUCUAGUUGAAAUUGAGGAUCAAAAGAAACAAGACAGAAAAAUUAUGUUAGAGCAACAAGCUAUGAUGAUUCAACAAAGUCAAGAGAAACAAGAAUUGGACAGGAUUGAGAAAGAAGAACAAAUUAUGAAAAUGGAUAUUUCUAAUUUGGAUCCAAUUUCUGCAGCGUAUUUUCAAAAUAGAAAGUUAGAAAUUAUGCAAAAGAGGGGUUUUAAUUAUUAAUUAACUAGAUUUAUUUAUUGUUUAAUGUAAUGUAUUUUUAAUUAACUAGAUUUAUUU